AUGAAAAAUUUAUCAACGACUUUGUUCAUCAUCCUAAUAGGAUUAUGUUUAACGCACACCGUAUCAUCGGAAAAAUGCAUACAAUACUCAAAUCCGCUUAAUCAGAGGGAAAAUAGAGUUUUUGAUUGUCUAAUGGCAUCACCAUCACAAAAACGACAAUUACCAACUCCGCCGACGUCAGAUAACAUGUUUAACGUGCAAUUUAAUUGUCUGGUUGAUGAUAAAGUAUUGUGUGGAAAGGUUGAAAACGUAUUCGUUACAGCAGGAAAGUUUAUAACAGCGACACUAAAUCUUAAAUCAGAAAUAUCUGUAAAUGCGACAUUUUUAAAUUUUUGUGAGGUAUCCAUAGCACCAGGAAUAGAUUGUAAUAACCCGUAUAAAGUGAUAUUGGGUGCGGCAGGACCAGCGAUGGUAAUUCCAUAUAAAGAUGUAUCGGCCGAUAAAGUAAGAUUAUAUCCACAAGCAUUAUACAAACAAAUGGGUUUACCGACACAUCCACAAUUUGCAACAAAUGAAAUCAUGGCAGUAUUUAAUUCGGCUGCAAAUUAUUGGUUUGAAGGAGAUCCAUUGCCUAUGCUAGAGAGACAAGCUGAUAUGUUACUAGUUGUAACUCAUGAGUUGGUUCAUGGUCUAGGGUUUACAACCGCGUGGGAUGACCAGUUUGCUAUCGGUGCAUUGACGCCUGUUGUUGCUACACUGACAGACGAUGAUUCACCAAAAGCUCCAGGACCUAUUCCAAAAGAACCAGGCAUACCUGUCGAUUCAUUUCAAUUCUUUGAAUUAAUCUUUGAUAGCUUUUUGAUUUUAACAGAAGAUGGAACUCAAAUGACAACACAAACCGAUGAAUUAAAUAAAUUCCAAAUUAAUUUACAAGAAAUAAAAAGUGAAGCCCAGCUAAUUGAGGCUUUUAAGGCUUCGCCACAAUUUAAGGUCGCACAAAACUUGUUUAUAAAAGCUACCACAAAUGGUUCCAUGGGUUUUAAAACAACCUCCGGUGAUGUUGUUACAUUAGAAACUGAUCUACAUCCCUUUCAACCUUCUUCGAGUAUUGGACACGUAGAUUUUGCAACCUAUAAGAGUUCUGCUGAUUUUCUGAUGGUAUUUAGAUCUCCUAGCGCUACUCUUGGUCAAAUGAUGGGUAUGGCCAAUAGCAUUGAUACUUACGGUCCUAUCGGUCCUUUAUUGAGAGAAGUCUUACAAUCGAUAGGGUAUGAAAUCAAGGGUCAAUAUGUUCCUCCAGUCGAUUUACCAAGUUCUAAAAUUCCAAUUCCUAACAAAGAACCUUUUUCUAUUCAACCUGAUGAUGCUAAUGAAAAUGGCAAAAAUAAUAACAAAAUGACAAACAAUGGCAAGAUUAAUUCUUCAUCCAAUAUCAUCAAUGUAUUAAUAGCGUUAGCUUAUAUAUUAUUUAACUUUUUCUUGUAG